AAAGUGUUUUAAUGUAGCUAUCCGAGCCGACUAGUUUUAAUAUUUGAAUUAAUUUUUUCCUGCGUAAAUAUAAAACAUUUCUCGUGGUUGGCCGAAGAUGAAUAUUCAGGCGUGUUCAGGCGGGGACAGAACUUGAUGGAUAUUAUGCUUCUCAUCUCAAACCUUGUUAUUCUAUGAACAUCAAGAGGAAGUCAUUUGUAAAACCUAGUACUUUAUUUACUCUAUGUGUAAAACAAUCGUUGAAGAAUGAUAUAUGGUCGUUGGAAGAAUGGAUUCUAACAAUAGCGUUUAUUUGCUUUGUUUUUUUGACAAUUUUUUAUCAUUUGGCGAUGAUUUUGGUUGCGUUAAUUUUUUUCAUUGUCUAUUACCUUGCGCCAGCAUGUUUUCUGAAGUUUACCGAGUUCGUGUAAAUCUGAACCGCUGGCGUACUUAUUUCAGCUUUCUGAAAACUUAAGUAUUUGUAUAUCAUUAAAAGUGCGGUAUGAAUUGAAUAAAAGAGCUCCCAUCUCUGUAGUAUUCCUGUUUUCGAUUAUCUUAAAUAAUGCGGGUUGGAAUGUGCAAUUUGAUUGUAAAUCAAGCUCUCUUCUCUCGUCUUAUUGGUUUUCUGAAUUCUUAAAAUAUUUGUGAAUGUGAGGAAGCAGGAAUUGAAAACAAGCUCUCAUCGCUGGGUUAUUUUUGUUUUCAGAUAUUUUAAAUAUUUUGGGUUGGAAGAGGCCUUGGGAUUAAAAAUCAAUCAUGACUUUUCUGUUUUCUGGUGAGAGGGGCCAGGUGAUUGAAAAAUAAAUUUUCUCCGCUGGGCUAUUUGUUUUGAUAAUCUAAAUAUUUGUGGGUUAGGAGGCAUAUGAUGGAUAAAAAAACUUCUGAUUGCUGAACUAUUUCUGUUUCCCGAAAUCAUAAUAUUUGGAUAUUAUGUGCAUGAAUUCUCGUCGCUGGACUAUUUCUGUUUACUGAAGUCUUAAAAAAAUAUUUGUGUUUGAGAUGUGCCAGAGAAUUAAAUAAAAGAACUGGCUGCACUAUUUCUGUUUUUCGAGAAAUUAAAUUUUGGUUGUUAAGUUUUAUGUUAGUGAUUGUAAAAGGAACUUAUUGCUAGACUGUCAGUUUUCUGAAAUCAUUAAUUAUUCUUUAUAAGGUGUAUGCCAGGGUUUGAUGAACAUGCUCUCAUCCUUUAUUAUUAUUUCUGUUUUCUGAAAACAGAAACAUUGGAAAGUUGGUUGGGGAGAGGGGUCUAUAAAGGGGGUACGGAGCACCCUAUGCUUGCAAUGUUGAUAUAGGCUUUACAUAAGGAACAUUUUAGAUAAAUCUGUGAAAGCUAUUUCCAGAUUUUUAAAGGUUGUAAGUAUAUAUUUCAUAUUGAUGCUGAAAUUACAAUACAGUAGAACCUCCAGGGUUCGUACGGUCCUUAGAAGUCCUUAAAAAGUCCUUAUUUUUGAAUACUGUUUUUAAGGGCCCUUAAAAGUGCUUACUUUUUUACGUUUGUCGUGUUGACUUUAGAAAUAACUUUUUCCUUUGUUGCGCAUUGGAUGUUACGUAACGGUAGUACGACUAUGUUUUGAUGGUACAAAUAUUGGGCCGAAUAGCUUAGUAAAUGUCGUACGAUGUACCAGAAUACUUUUGUUAGUGCACAAAAUAUACCGGAAUUAUCGGUUUACCGGCUUAUAGUGCUCAUAACUACUGAACAGAGCGCGCUGUAGUAGCUGUGUUAGUGUUUUGGCGCGUAAAUGCAGAAGUUUCGUUGUUUUGACUUGGUGUGAUUGUUUUUUCUUGUGAGAAAGGUUAUCUGCUAGUGAAGUUAUCUUGACCGUGAUGCCGGGGAAGUGUGUCUUUAACAUACUUUGGCUCGAAAAAGAGCAGUACAAAAAGUGGCUUUCCCGUGACCCAGACAAGCACAAGGCAAGAUGCCGAUUGUGCUGUAAAGUUUUCGAUAUAGGGAAUAUGGGCGAAUCGGCUUUGAAAGCACACAUGGCAGGGUCGAAGCACUCUUCAUUAGUUGAAGAGAAAACCAAGACCGUUGCGAUAAAAGAGUUUUUCAGUCCCAUGAACUUACCUAAUCAAACUUCUUCAACCUCAAAUGCUGCAGGUGUAUGCAAGCCAGCUACAGAAGCAAGUGGUAGUUUGAAUUUGUUUACCACUGGGAAAGACGUUCUGGAUGCAGAAAUUUUGUGGACUUUAAAGUGUAUUUGUAAUAACUAUUCGUACAAGUCUUGUGAGGAUUCAUCUCAACUUUUUGCUAGAAUGUUUCCAGACAGUUUAGUCGCACGACAGUUCUCUUGCGGUGAAAAGAAAGUGGCAUAUUUGUGUAAUUUUGGUUUGGCUCCUCAUUUCCAGACACUUUUAUUCAAAUCUUUUCAGGACACUAGUCACUAUGUCUUGCUGUUUGACGAAACACUGAAUAAAAGCACCCAGCAAAAACAAAUGGACAUCCAUAUUAGAUUCUGGCAUACUGACAAUUCAGUGAGAACACGUUAUGUUACUUCAGCUUUCAUUGGUCAUGCCACAGCUGAUGAUUUACUGAAGGCGUUUUACAAAUGUACAGAGAAGCUUGAUUUAUCAAAAUUGAUUCAGGUAUCAAUGGAUGGACCAUCAGUUAAUUGGAAGUUUUUCAAACUGUUGCAGGAAAACAUGGGAAAAGAGUUUAAUUUUGAGUGCAUUGAUGUUGGUUCUUGUGGGCUUCACACUUUGAAUAAUUCAUUCAAAAAGGGCGAAUCUGCAACAGAGUGGGGUAUUUCAUCUGUUCUGACAUCUCUUUACUCUUUGUUCAAAGAUGCCCCAGCACGAAGGGAUGACUUUGAAAAAAUUAUCCACAACACAUAAAAUGCCAGUCAAAUUUUGCAGCUGCCGCUGGUUGGAAAAUGUUCCAUCAGCUGAACGGGCAUUAGAAGUUUGGAAUGAUGUAACAGAGUAUGUGGGAAAAGUUGAAAAAGGUGUACUUUCAAAAGUGACAUGCAAGUCCUUCGGUGUUGUCGCUGGAGCAACACAAGAUAACCUGAUGACUGUGAAGCUCAAUUUUUUUCUCUCCGUGGCAAAAGUUCUAAAGCCAUUUUUGGAAAAAUACCAGAGUGACAAACCAUUGUUACCCUUCUUCGCACAGGAUGUUCUUCAACUUGUAAAAAAGUGUGUUCAACUGUACAAAGUCUUGAAACCUGCUCAUUUUGAUCGUAUUUCUAGUGUUGAAAAAUUGAGCAAGUUUGAUUUUUUAAGCAAAAGUUUCCAUGCUUCAGCAAGUGAUGUUAGUGUAGGGUUUGUUGGAGAUAAACUUCUGAAAGAGAAACUCUUUAAACAACAGGUAACUGAAAAGCAAGUAGUGGUUCUAAAGUAUGAGUGCCAAAAGUUUGUUUUGACUAUGUUGGAGAGUUUGAUGGCUAAGUGUCCUGUAAAUUAUUCACUUGUGAGGAAUGCAGCCUGUAUUGAUCCAUCGCAAAUGGCAAGAGAUUCUGCUAGCUGUAGUCGUAAAAUGAAGUGUGUUCUUACAUAUUUUGUACAAAAGAAAGCGAUUGCAGCAGAGGAUUGUGAUGAUAUUUUAAUACAGUUCAAUGACUUCCUAGAGAAUGUUGUUGGACCAUCAUCAUCAGAGUUCCUGAACUAUGAUAGGAAUGAAGGUCUUGACAGCUUCCUUAGUGGCUAUUUUUUAAGAACAGCAUAUGGAAAGGUAUGGAAUGUCAUUAAAAUGUUGCUAAUUCUCUCACAUGGACAAGCAUUAGUGGAAAGAGGUUUUUCCAUCAACAAAGCCUUAGAAGUUGAAAAUCUGAAGGAAUCGUCUUAUGUAGCCCGCCGCACUGUACAUGACUACAUCACUUACUGUGGUACCAUACAUGACAUACCUAUUACCAAAGAAUUGAGGGCGUCUGCAUCAUCUGCCCGAAUGAAAUAUAUGCAGCAUUUGGAGGAGGAACGUGCCAAGAAAAUUGCUGCCAGUGCACAGGAGAAGAGAAAGGAAAUGUUUGAUGAAAUUGAAGUUUUGAAAAAGAGGAGGGUUCUUUUGGAGAAGGAAAUUGACACAUCUGAAACAUCAGUUAAUAAUCUUUCACAAAAAGCAGAAACUUCCAGAAAUAUUGAACUGUUUAUCAAGUGCAAUGCUGUUAGGAAAGAAAUCUCUGUAAAGAAGCAGGAGCUGAGUGAUCUCAAAACUAAAAUUAGUGACUUGCAAAAUCUGACUAAAUAGACCUGGUUUCAAACUAAUUUCAUAUAAAGUACUUGACUAUUGAUUCACACUAGUGCCGUCUUAUCAUGGAGCUACGAACACUUUGGUGAAAACUGUUAAAUGUGUAAAUGUUGUAUUAUAAUUUUUUUACUAUCAAGUCGAUCAACAUAUAAGAAAGUUUGUGUUCGCAAAGUAUUUUUAAAUUGGUAAGUUCAAGGCGUUUGUUUAGGCCUAUUUUAAACUGCAUGACUAUGUAUAAUUAGUACUUACACCACUUGAUUUCUUUGUUAUAUUAAUACAUUUUUUGCCAACGUGCAGAAUAUUCUUGUUUUAAAACUUGUAGAUCAAUGCUAAAAGGUCCUUAAAAAAACUAUAAUCAAGUCCUUAGAAGUCCUUAAAAGUCCUUAUUUUUUAAUGACCUAAGAGAGUACGAACCAUGACCUCGUUAACAGGGUUGGCACGUUUAAAACAAAAUGUUUAAAACAAUAUGUUCAAAAUUGUUUUAAACAAUACACUCUGAAUAAAACAAGUUUAAAACACAAUGUUUAAAACAUUCUGUUCUAAACAUGUUUUUUUAAAUAUAUUUUAAAAAAAGUUUUAUUUCUUACGAAAACGAAAACUGCAUAUUGACAUUUUCAUCGCAAAGCAUCACUGUCUCAUUGUAAGUCACCAAUUGUGAUAAAUAUCCAGACUAGGAUGAGAAGUUUUGAAGUGAAACACAUUCCUCACGUAAACAUAAAAUACCAGCACUGCUUGGGGUCAAACCAGUCAUACCUUUUAGGGUGCCAGUUCCACUAAGUUCAUCUAACCUAAUUAAAAUCUGUUUUUGUUAGUUAAGUGCACGGAAAACAGUUACAAGUUUGGCAGCCUUCUCUGUUCCUAGCCGGUUCCUUACAGUACUAUGCACAAACCCGAAUGUGGAGAAAAGACGUUCAAUACCAGCUGACGAAGCCACUGCACUGUAACUGAUGUGCCAGGUUCAAAGUUGCAUGAUGAGUACUUUUCUCCAAAGACAUCCACCAUACUAGGGGUUUAAUCUCUUUUAGUGUUACAGGACUGAAUAAGUAAUCCUUGAAAGGUGAACUUUUUGCCUUGUACUUAAUAAUAUCCGGAAUGACUAGUCAGGGAAUUCCAUAUUCAAAAAUGUGUAGCAAUAUACAUACCUUACACCUGAUGGGACUUCUACUGAAACCAUAUGUGCAAAACAUAUUCUGGUGGUUUUGAUUAAAAUUAAUAUUAAAAACAAAAAAGUUAAACUUAAAAAACCUCUUUAAAACAUGACAAACUGUUUAAAACAAAAAAAAACAGUUUAAAACAAUAAAAAACAUGUUUUUUGAUUUUUUUUAAAAAAAAACUGUUUUUUUCCCAACCCUGCUCGUUAAUGUGUGAUGGUCGGGACUGAGAUAAUCACGGAUUACAGAAUUUCACGGACUAGCGAUUAUAAGCCCGGAAGGUCUUGUCAAGCUUCUCAGACACCGGCGUGCAGCUGGGUUGAAGGCUAAGGUCAUGUGAUGUAACAUCUCCCUAGGCUUACUGCGCCUUGGCGCACAGUUAUAAAACAAAUGCAGCAGAUGGAUAAAAAAUAUAUAUAUUUACAAAUGUUUGGGUAAAUAUGUAGUUGGGUGGUAUUUGCGAAAAAAAAUGCUACAAAUCCGAAAAUACUUUUAUUCUAUGCUCUUUCACUUCCUCUUUUCAAAACAACCGGCGGAGAUAAGAAAUUCCAAAUACUUUAGGAUAUAUUGAAUUUUUUAAUUUUGCAAUACAUAAAAGACCUGUGCAACUAUUCGACCGUCGCAAUUUUUGUUAUUUUGCAGUGUGUUCGUGAAUGAGUAAUUAAUAAAAUGGUUGAUUAGUUCAGGUCAGUUACAUUAUUAAUACUUUCAAACUAAGCCGACAUUAAAAAUAAUGUGAAUUAAUUUUAAUGGCUGUUUAGUUUUAAAAUAUUUAUAAUGUAACUGACCUGACCAAACAAACCGGGACAGAGGAUGAACAGUAAACUAAAAUGGUCGAUUAGGUCAGAAACAAACCGGGACAGAGGAUGAACAGUAAACUAAAAUGGUCGAUUAGGUCAGGUCAGUUACAUUAUAAAUACUUUCAAACUAAGGUGAUAUUAAAAAUAAUGUGAAUUAAUUUUAAUUAUUCUUUAGUUUUAAAUUAUUAAUAAUGUAACUGACCUGACAUAACCAACCGGGACAAAGGAUGGACAGUAGGAACUCACGUAAUUUUUUUUUUACCUAUUGCUUGCGCAACAAUAUUCAAAUAAAUAAUAAGACUUUAAAAUUAGAAACGUUAAAAACUCACCUAAGUUGGAGGCGGUAAUUAAACACAGUUUUAAACAAUAAAUGAACUAAAUAAUCACGUAUUGGUUCAUUUGAAUUCUGGCCUAUCACGAACAAUCACGUGACAAUAUUAUCCAAUAAAAAAAUAGAUACUCGUAAACAAGAAACAAUGGUGAAUGCCAUAUGAAUGCACUGGUAUUGUGAUGUUUAAAAAUUCGAUAUCUGCUAAAGUAUUUGGAAUUUCUUAUCUCCGCCACUUUUAAUGAAUAGAAGUUGAAGAGCAUAUAAUAAAGGUAUUUUCGGAUUUUUAACAUUUGUUUUCGCAAAUACCGCUCAACUAUAUAUUUACCAAUGUUUGUGAUUAUAACAUUAGCCAAACUUAACGAGUGCAUUCGUAUGCAAUUGUCCCUAGAAAACAGGCCCAUGCUCUAUAUUUGUAUGUACAUACAACUUUGUUGUUGCACUGCUGUCGCGCUUGCUGAUGUGUGGCAAUGCUGUACGCCACAACCUGGCGACAUUCUUAUCUACAUGACUCAUCAGCAAGCAUCCACGUCCACCCACAGCUGUCUUGUGGUUCCUUAUAUCUGCAUCUCAUCUAUCCUCGUGCUCGAUCUCUCUCUAAUACAUAGUAGGGAAACACACUCGCACACAGACGUUUCUGUUUCAGUCCGCGGCUCGUUUCGCUCGGCUUGUUGUCUUGCACUAAACGCAAAAGCAUGGCAUCUUGAAAAACAAGGUUGGAUGUUACAUAUUUACAAGUCAUUGCACAAAGUAUAUGUACUGACAUUAAAUGCAAUAAAAUGUUAGUAAAUCUUACUUGUGCAUGCACCAGGUUUCACUGUUGAAUUUUCACUGCGAGCAGGUUCACACACUGUCAGCUUACCAGAACAUGACGGCACGUUCAUCGCUGCGAACAUGUCUGUGAUACGCCUCUGCUUCAAGUGUUUUGGUUUCUCUUGAAAAAGAUGGCUUUGCAACACAUACAAAUUCAUUAUUUGUUGUGGCGUCAUAAGCUUAGUCUUUCAAGGCUGGAAAUAAGACGUCCCGUGAGUGUGAUACAGUCGUCGAUGGAAAGAAUUUCAUCUGCCGGAUCAACUGCUGCUUCAUUUUCAUCACAUUUUUACAAGGAACGUCUUUGUUCAUUGCCAUGUCAAAGAUUUCUCUAUCAGCUAGAUGGUUAACAACAGGUGCACCCUUAUCAACCUCAAGACAUUCUUCAAUAUCUUCGGCUGUAAAUUCGGAAACUGCUGGGUUUACAACACUUUUGGCAUACUCUAACAAAUUGUUAACAAUUUUUUUUCUUGUGAGAUUUUAGAUCCUGUAAAUUCUGUCUGUUCACUACAAUCAUUCUCAUGAAAUAUAAUGGAUGGCCAAAUUUUGUGCCAAGCAUUGUUUAAAGUUGAGAGUGGUAUGCUGUCCCAUGCUCGUGCCAAUGCCCUAAUAACAUCUUUCAGGUUGUAUGACUUCAUGAUUUCAAGAACAGAUUUCCCAGAAUUUACACUGUUUAAGAAAUUUCACAGAAACUCUGUACAAUAUUUGCAUUUCAGUGAUCUCAGAAUGCCCUGAUCUUGAGGUUGGAUAAGAGACGUGCAGUUCGGCGGAAGGUAAAACACUGACACAUUAUGAUUAUCUUUCUCUAACGUCUGAGCACACGAAUGGGCAGAGCAGUUGUCCAAGAGGAGAAGAAUUUUACAGUUUUUUUUUUCCAGCCCUAUGCUACAGUGCUGAUGUGCCUGCCUUACAAAGCUGUCAAACCAUUCUGUGGUUAAAGUUGUUGUAACCCAAACUUUAUUACUUGCUCUGUAAUCAACUGGAAACACCUUCAUUCCUUUAAAUGCUCUCGGCUUAUUACUUUUGCCAACAACAAAACAACUUCAGUUUGUGUGUUCCUGCAGGGUUUGAACAUGCGAGUACAGUAACACGAUCUUUAGAUUCUUUAAUUCCCGAACACGCAUCUUCAGCAGUAGCCAGUGGUUUCUUAGGCAUACACCUCCAGUACAAUGCUGUUUCAUCAGCAUUGUACACCUGUUCAGGUGUCAGUUUUGAUUCUGUAAUUAAUUUAUUGAAGUCGAUUACAAACUUUAUCAGCUGCUUCCUGGUCAGCCGAAAGUUUUUCCCCACAUAUACUGAAUUGUGAAAUGCCUGUGUUUAAAUCUUUGAAGCCAGCCUUGGGAAAAGUCACAGUCAGUAGGCGUAUCAAGUUCACUAUUAAAAUUUUUGGCUUGUUCAAUAAGCAUUUGACCCGUAAUACUGACGCCCUCACUCCUCCGUAGCCGAAACCACUGCAUAAGAGCUGUUUCUAAAUCUGUCACUUUGCCUGUUUUAAUUGUUUUUCGAACAUUCAUGCUGUCCUUUGAAUCAGCUUCCGAAAAAAAAUUUACAAAGUCUUUGUUUGUUUUUAUGGAUGUCAUAAAUUUCCUGUGUACCAUCAUUGUACAUUUCACUCAAUUGUUUGGCAGUUGAUCUUUCAUCUAGUUUUUUUAGCACCUCAAUUUUUUCUUGGAUAGAUAAAGUUUUAUGCCGCCGUUUUGUGCUAGGGCUUGCAAUAUCAUUAACAAGACGUUUUCAACCGCUCAUUGUUGAAAAAAAUACACUUCACUACUGAACACUAUUUCUUUUUGAACACGGUGAACAACAGCGAAUACAUAUCCGGCUGUAGACAAUCACAAAUUAGCAGAGUAUGCACACAAUCAGCUCGGCAAACUGAUCCCUCUCCCCUUCUUGUUAUCACUCUGCCAGGGUGAUGGGCGGCCUUCCGAGGGAAAACCCCUUUUCCCAAAAAGUCUGAUUGGCUGCGGCCCUACCAGUCCUUCACACACCCACUACCUUCCCCUCCCAUCCCGGCCGCACUUCUACCGUCCCCUCCCUCCCCGGACGCUCUUCUUCCGUCUCCUCCCACCCGGCUGCCCUUGAUUUUUCCUUAAUCUCUCAUGCCAUUCUUUUGAUGCACUGUCCAUUAUUCUUUGUUCCAUACUUCCAACUACCGGUACAAGUGCUGUCGUGCAGAGUUAGGCGGCCCACGGGAUGGCUUGCAGAGUUUGCCGGCUCGCGUGACAUUUAUUUUAAGGGCUGACAAUUUAUACUUCUCUAUGCUUUUUUUCUGCACUUUUAAAUCGUCCCGGAUCAUCCAAUUCCCGAAUUAGCGCAUCACGGAUUAACGAGGUUCUACUGUAUAAUAAAACAAUGUAAAUUUUAUAAUUUUUUUUUAACUUUAGUUGUAAUUUUUCUUUCAUAUUUUGUGGUUAUAUAAUUUUUUAUUUUUAUUAUUGUGAAUAUUUUUCAAAGAUAUAAUUUCAGUAUGCAUAGAACCACAUUAUCAAGACAUUCUGUUAGUUUCGUCUCCCAGCAUUAAAUCAAAGUCGAGAAAAUGUACCUUAAAGCUUGAAAAAAUAUGUUUUUAGAAAAUGGCCUUCAAAGUUGGCAAUCAGUGCUUGCCUGCUCUAUAACUAGGAUUGUCAAUGUCCUCUUCCAUUUCACUCUCAAGCUUCCUUUUGGCAUUCCUCCUAGCCUGUCUGAUCUUUUUGUGCAAAUUUCUGACUCAUUUCAGCUUGCCUAAGUCUUUCUAAGUCAAUUUGUAGCAUAGCAUCAGCAGUGCGAGAGCCAAACUCAACCCCAGUUCUUCCAAUACCUUACAUUUUGUAAUAUUUCCUUGAUUGAAUGGUGCUAUCGCAUAUUAAAAUACCAAAAUGAAGGGUCUUUAUUUGCACAAACACAGUUUUGGGCAACCUACUCCAUAUGACACUUCACACAUUCAUUUGGAUUCUGAGUACGACCAUGAAGACAGUUUUUCAGGAGAUUUAUCUCUGACAGAUCCCGAAAAAUUUGUUUUACCUCUUCUAUUAUGGCGAAUGGUAAACUGUGAGGAUGGUUAUAAGUUUCUCCUGUAAUUUUUCCUCUGUUAUAUUUACACUAUGAUUCUUUUCCUUUUGGACACAAAUCAUGUUGCGGGCUGUCAUCAGUCGAUGAAAUGUGACAAAACAAGCCUAGACAGCUGUCCUCAUUUUCUCCACACUUUCAGUAUUCUGUCUUAUUGCAAGUCCAUAAUAAUUCUGGAUAAUAUCAAUGGUGGAGUCUGUCAGUCUGUUUUUACCAUCUACUGUUCUUCCAUCACUCAACAUUUUUCCUUUCAUGCUUGUUUUCAGUCGUCUCAGUCUUGAACCCAUUCGCUUUUGAACAUGUCCAACACAUUCCAGUUUUGUAAUCUGUGCACACUCGCCAUAUUGUUUCAUUUCUUCAAUUGCCUUGAAUGCUUUUGAGUGCACAUAUCUUGUAUUAUACAGUGACAUUAAACACUCAAAAAUCUUUUUCACUCCAGAAACCUCCAUACCACCACUAGAUACACUGUAGUUUGAUCAACACCGCUCUUCAUGAUGAUUUACUGGUAAUUCUUUGCAUUUACAGUGUUUAGACAUGAUUGCAAUGUCAAUUACCUUUCCUGUAUCUACACUUGUGGCUGAAACUAUACAAUUUACUAACGUAUGUCCCCGUUUCUGCCAAGAGCCAUCAAACGCCACAGUUAUGUCACGAUCCAUAUUAUUUUCUUCAACAGCUUCCUCAACAGCCUCCUUCAUACUUUUCAUAGCAACAUCCUCCACAGCAGAACCUACCACAUUUACAUAUCAAUCAAAUUUUGAUGGUGGACUUGGUAAAUUCAUUACACCACAAAACAAGCAACCCGCGGCUCUUCCCUUGCCAAUUGCGCGAAGUCCAUAAACUAACCUAAUAUUUACACUAUAGUAUUUAGGCUACUUGAAAUCUUCUGCUUAUCAGGAUUUUUACAUUUAUACUAGUAGAACUGGAAAAUGUUGUCUUUUAAUUACAAUGUUAACAAAAUAUUUAUAACUCUGCAGCCAGGCCUAUAUGUUUGUUAAUAUUCAGACAUAUGCCAUUUUUAGCACACUGCAUUAUUCUGAAGUAUCUCUGACAGUAUAGAAUUAUCAAUAACCUCAAACAUUUCACUUCCUGUAUUUAUGUUACGGUAAUUUUCUUUCACUUCGCCUAUUUUUUUUCUACAAAAGAGUUUUCAAGUUCAUGAUUCACAGAACUGAAACAGUCUCCUUUUAGAUUAUUUUGGUCUAUACUAGACUUUAAAUUUGAUAGCAAUCCCGAAACUUGUUUGUCACUCAAUUUUGCUUUCUUUUUACAAUUUGCACAUUUUUUUGAAUACUUUAUUACAAAACCUCGGCAUGUUGGAUCAGCAGAACACAAUAAAACCACAAGAAAACAUGCUUGAAAAAAAAAAUUCCUUAACCACAGUGGCCAAUAGACUGUACACUGCUGCUAAUAUAUGAAAACAUUUUCCCAACUUCCUUAAAAUUUACCAAACACUGAUAGGAUAAUAUAUUUACAAUUACCUGCCAGUUUAUCUUCCCAAGACCCCACAAAAAAAUCAAAGGAUUAGUAAGCACACACUUAUUAUAUAGAAUUGACCUGCACUAUUUUGCCAAAAAAAAUAAUUUUAAUAUUUCUAGUAGGUGCACAAUCAAAAUUGAUACACCACUGGAAAGAGGAAUGUUCAAAGAUUUGGAUGACUAAAUAAAAAAAUUUCGAAUUUUUUAUAAUUUUGGUGCUCCGUACCCCUUAAGGUUGCCAAAAUUAUAAAUAUUUGAAGUUUGAGAGGGGUCUUGCGAUGGAAUACAAACUUUCAUUGCUAGAAUAUUCCUGAUUCCUUAAAGUUUUAAAUAUUUGUGGGUUGAAUGGACCCUCAGGAUUGAAAACAUCCUUUAUUGCUGCACUAUAUCCAUUUCCUUUAAUCUUUUAUAUUUUUGGAUGUAAGGAACCAGGGAUUAAAAACAAUCUCUCAUUGCUGGUCUAUUUCUAUUUUCGGCCUGUUGUCUUGAUUGCGCAUCAUGACGUUUACAUUCUUGAUCAAUCAAGACAACUGCAACUUCAUCUGCCUCGAUGUUCAGCAGUGGGAUUUUUUGUAUGCGCUAAUGACAAAUUUGUACUUGUACUCAUUGUUUUGUCAUGGUGGAAUAGAUUCUAACGCGGUUUUAAAACUUUGCACGUAUAGAUUCAUGUGACGCAGCAUAUUUUGAAGAAUAGUGAUUAGGUGACCAUUUAAUUGUGGAAAGUUUUGGUUCCUAAUAUUUGCAUUUUCUUGAUAAGUAGACACAAAAUAAAUCUGAAGAAAUAUUGGCUCUUUUUCAGUCAGCAGUGAACCAAUAAGAUGGUAAACCUGACCCUGAAUCUUGAAUGUAGGCAUGAGAGGUCCUUUUGAUAUUUGUAUUGCUCCAAAGGCUGUCAUUCGGAAGGCACUCUGUAGGCACAAAUAUUUUCUAAAAAGUGUAUUGAUUGUAGAUGGUCCUUAUUUAGUAGUGCUUUCAAUAUCUGAGGAAGGUUGUCAAAAAUUUCAAUACAUUCUUUUCUGUUCAAGCAACACAUACUACUUGUUUUCUUUUACCAUUUAAUGGUGUUACAAAACUGAUAUUUAUUAUCAUUCCUCCAAUUGAAGCUAAUGUACCAUAGGCAAUCAUUUUUGUAUAAUUAAAUGCACUCUUUUUCUUUCUUUAUCUACCCAAGGCAGGACUUUAUGCCACCUUGGGUAUCAGGUCAUUCCAUAUCAGAUCACCCAUCUCUAGUGUGGAAUGACACCCAACUCAGAUUUUCUUGAAACUUUUUUUAACUGGACCACCCAUCAAGUUACUAAUCAACCUAAAUUUUUUUCGCUGUAGGAUACAUAGUUUCCGAGAUAAAAAUUUCCAAAGUUUUGGAAAAUUGUACGUAAGCGACAGUUUCAAGACGCCACUUUACAAAACUGUGUUAUAGAAAAAAAUUUUUUAUAGCUCUAUGUCUAACUUACAUAUCAUUAUAAAUUUUUUUCCAUAUAUGAAUCAAAGUAUGUAGAUUUCAGAAAAAAAUUUUUCACAAAUACAGUAAACUCCCGGUAUACCGCGCCCCGAUAGAUCGCGGAAUCGGGUAUAUCGCGGGUCAAACCAUGUCCCCCAAUCAUAAAUGAAUAAUAAUAACAACAACAGUAGAACCUCGUUAAUUCGUGAUGGUCGGGACCGAGAUAAUCAAGGAUUACCGAAUUUCACGGACUAGCGAUUAAAAGCCCGGAAGGUCUUGUCAAGCUUCUCAGACACCGGCGUGCAGCUGGGUUAAGGCCAAGGUCAUGUGACGUAACAUCUACCGAGGCUUACUGCGCCUUGGCAGCAGAUGGAUAAAAAAUAGUAAACUCUCCAUUAUUCGUGUUAAUUGGGACCCGCCGAUGCCCGGAUAAUUAAAAUCCUGUAAAAAAAAAAGUAAUAAACACGGAUAAUCCGUUCACGGUAAGGGCCGUCUUCGAAUUAGUCUCGGCUUAAAAAAAUACGGCACUGCCUAGCCAUUAGUUCACGGUCAUUUACAACAGCCGAAGAGAGAAAGAUAAGAUCGUGCUGAACUUGCACACAUAAAUUUUGGGUAGCCCCCCCCCCCCCCCCCCCCCUUCCCCCCUCAUCAAAACUUCGUCCAGCCGAAUGCCAGCCAGACACGUCACUCACCAGGCGCCUGCCGUGCGUUGGCGGGUGGAAACAAACAAAGGGAGACGGGAAGCAGAAGUCAGGACAUCCCCCUCAAGUUUAAAGAGUGACAAAUGUGACAGCUGAAAGGGGGACGACACAAAGGGUCGGUACAAACAGCGUAGCAGAGUUUGGCGGCCCAUGCGAAGGCUUGCAGUGUUUGCCGGCCGCCGGCCCGCGUGACGUUAAUUUUAGGCGCUGACAAUAUUUACUUCUCUUUUUUUUUUCUGCACUUUUAAAUCGUCCCGGAUUAUUCGAUUCCCGAAUUAGCGCGUCACGGAUUAACGAGGUUCUACUGUAAUAAUAAUGCAAUAAAUGGUUGACAGCCGAUUAGGAUAAUUUUGCGUUGUCACUAACAAACUAAGCAACGGGCAGAAAAAAGCCUAGGCGUAGAAAAUGUCCGCAGUGAAAUUCUUAACAAGAUAUCUCCGUAAAUUAUUCCUCUAUCUUGUAGUGUUUUCAAAUUAUGGUCCAAUCCAGCCCAGUGUUAUUUUCUGAAACACUAGUUCUUAACAUUUUUUUUAACCCACAAAUAAAGCAUCGGACAGGGGACCCGAUUAAGCCCACCGUCCAGCGACAUUAUCCAGCGUGACUCGGCUGGGGAUUGAUUUUGGAUAGGUUUGGUUGACGGCAAGCGCUGGGAGGGGAGAGGCGAGCCGAGAAUAUGCGACCAAGACACCCGGGUAGACGGGAGGAGUGGAAUAUAAGCGCCAGAGAUGAGAGGGGCGAUUAAGCCGAAAGGGGGGAAGACUGGUGACCUUGAGUAGUUCACUCAUUUCCGUCGGCACACUUCUCGUGGUCACGUGUGUUGACAAGCGGAGACAUAUAAAUGUUUUGUUAUAACUUGAACCUACAGACGUAAUUUUAUUCGUUGUAUUAUACACGUUCAUCUUUUUACUUUGGUAUAAUGUUUUAACAUUAAAUAGUAAAGUAAAUCAGCUAGCGUAUUUUUAAUCUUUGCCGAGGAAUUCCCAGUGGACCAAUACUUACGUGAACCAUACUGUACCACUUUUGCCGUGAGGUAGUAAACAAGCCCCGGAUAUGUUUAUGUGUAGCGGACUCCCGACCUUUAACCAGAGGCUAGGGAAUAUAACACUUGCCGAUCCGAGCCACACACACUCAGCAACUCGACACAGCGUUUGAUGGAAUAAGUAAAGACAACGUUUAACAGACUUUUUAAUACGGCGCCACUUAUUGCGCUAAAAUUAUUUUGGCGCAAUUUUUGUAUCCCACAUGUGACCAUUUAUAAUUUAAUGUAAGCAUGGAUAACAAAGAUUAGCCACUUUACACGAUAGACGAUUCUUUAUUUUAUAUUGUACGAAUGCUAGAAUCGUUUUUCACGUAUCUGCUGCAUACUUCUGCAAAAGACACGCUAUCUGUAAGUACGUAAAUCUAGAAUUUUUAUUUUGUCAAUCAAACUCGGUACUUUGCGAUUCAUUUUCGGUUUGAAGUAUUACUAUGGCCUUUCUAUUUAGAAGACUUUGACCACAGAAUCGUGUGUAACCGCACACACUGCCCUUACUUUGUUACGGACACUCAGACGAAGCAGAUACUGUGGCUGACACCACGAGACUGGCAGCAGCUUGUGUGCCGCACGUGUGUAUGGCGGCGUGUGGCGCGCUCGUAGGCCGUGCGACAAACUGUGCGCGGCAUGCGGGAAAAAAAAAUCAACAUUUAAUAUUUAUCUUUAAAAUUUAUUAUUUUUAUUUUUUCACCCGCGUUUAGUGAAAACUGCGGAUGCAAAGUCCGCACAAAGGCGGGCCGUCUAUACUGUGCGUGCUUGCCGACCUAUUAGAACACAGGCGGUGUUUUAUGACUUUUGACCUUGGUCACAUCGAAACAUCGCGGUUAUGCAACAACGCGGGUAAAAGUUAUGUCCCCCGACAACCGCGUUAAAUAGGGAGUGUACUGUACUGUGUAACUCUUGACACACAUUAAAAUUUAAUGUUCGAUUAAGAAACAAAUUUUUAAGUACAAUUGCUUGGUUUUAUUGAGUUGGUAUUAUUGUAGCUGGCAUAAUUGUAGCUGGCAUAGAAGAUACCAAAUCAAUUUUUUUUAUAUUGAUCCUAAAAUGAUCUACAAGAUUGUGAAAGAAAAAUGAUGAUAAUUUGAUGGCUUAUAUAGCUAUUUCAACUAUAAAUUACAUCUUAUAAUUUAACACAUACACAAACACAUUGCAUCACAAUACAAGAGAAGUAACUUCACACUUUCAAUACAUUACAGAAACUUUAAAAUUCUUAAAGUAAAUGACUACUAAAUUUACAAACUAUUGUGAAAUUAAUAAAGUGUAUGUCAAGAAAAGUUUUAUGAUAAUAACUUUAAAAAGGCAAAUUGGCCCUUUUCAAUGAGAGGAGAAAAAUUGCAAAUAUAGACUGUUAGUUGCCAAUUAAGAAAAAUAACUUAUAAAAUAAAGUUUUUAAACUGAAGGAAUAAUGCUUAAAAGUACUUUUCAUUUGAACUGUCGUUACUUCUUGUAUUGGUGUUGUAUGAAAUCAACUUCCUUUUCAGAGUAGUAGUGCACUCUUCCAGAACCUUUGGUGAUGGGAGUACUAACAGAACAAAUGAUGUUGCAAAGAGGAACGUGACAGAUGUCAUUCUGUGGAGGCCAGUGAAAUGAUGGUGCAGGGCCAUAAGAGUGCAUGAAUUUCACUUUUAUGUCACCUUCCUCUUCAUGUUUUGAAAUAACUAAGCCGAAAAACCAGUAGGAGUCAUAAAUACAUGCAAUGUAUAAGUGCGUUGAUAUAUCUGUUAUUUUGACUGUGUCAGGUAGCUGCUCUUCAGUAAAAUGGAAAACAGUGCUGAAUUAUUCAUCAAAACUGUUUCGCUUCGUUGCAAUCGAUCUUUCAGAAACAGGGAUGAAAUGGUCAAAGUUGCGUGUACCUGGAAUUGUUUUUGCUGUGGAGAACUUUGCAUUCAGUUGCUGACAUGUUUCUAACAGUGUCUCUUUUUUAACCAUCCAGAAUUUUAUGUUUUGGAUUCGUUCCUUGCAGAAGUUGAACACUUUUUCAGCAAAGUCUAUUACAUCACUAGGAGAUGCUUGAAGACUAGCUUUGGUAACCAGCCUCUUAACUGUACCACCAAUGCCGUCACAAGGUGAUUUGCCAUGACUAGUUGCAAAAAUUGUCCAUGAAGCAGUUAAUGCAAAGUUGUGGCUGUGGUGGCAGAGAUUGAGAAAGUACAUUUUUUACUAUUGGAAACAUUUUCUUUAUAUACUGAGUGAUUAUUUUUUGCGUUUCAUACACAAAUGCUACAUCAUGCUCCAAAUCAUCAGACAAGAUGCAGAUACUUGAGACGAGUAGGUCUUCUGAUUGUUGGACACGUGUGUAAAGUACAACUGGGUGUAGUGAACAACUAGCAUUUGUCCAGUGAUACCCUUGUGCUGCAUCUUGAAUGAUACACGUUUAGUUUUCCCUAAAGUCUAGGAGAAUUACAGCUGUAUCCAGUUCAAGUUCCGCUUUAAAUUUCUUUAAAAAAUUUGCCUGGGUUUUAGUUAUAAAUGCAUGGGGCACAAGUAUCUGUAGUUUCUCAAUUAAAGUUGUUACAUAUUCAUCAAAUGUCACUAUGAAUUUCACCUGUUGUGUCCUGUCUGUCGACACCCAUGAAUUAUAUGAGACUUCAUCUUCAGGGUCCCACUCAAAUUUUUCAAGUAGUAAACUAUUCAGGUUUUCAAUUGAUGGGCAUUGAGAGCAGUGUCGUAGCAUGCAGUCUUUGUUAUCUUUAGAACACACUAAAUAACCAAUCAAAUCUUGGCAUGUCUCUUCUAUAUGACAAGCAUGAAGCAGAAGAAUUACAUUUUGAUGGAUUGUGCAAACACAAACAGAAUGUGUGCCAGAAGACCCUGCUAAAACACAACAUUUUGGGCGCAACAUGCAGAAUUUCGAAAUACCAACUUUAAUGUUGGGAUAUUCAAAUUUGAAAGCAGAAUACAGUUCACUUAAAUUAUAAUUAUUAAUCGCUUUUGUGCAUGUACAUUUUUCGACAUACUAACAGUGUCCUUUUUGCCUGGCAUGAUUGGCGAAUAUUCGUCACUUUGGUAAAAGUUUGUCACCGUUUCAAGUGUGUGUUUAUCUAGUGUUUUUCCUUUUCUUGGCUCGGGUAAAGCCAUAAGUCCUUUAUCUUUCAGAAGGUUUCUUGAUUGACGAACAGCAUACCGUACUCACUCACAUGGAACUGUUCCAUGACUUUUUUCUUGCUCCAUGAAGCAGGAGCAAGCGUUAAAAGUUGUAUCUUUUCUCGCAGCGUGAUAGGAGUUCCUAGUUUUGCUUUAAGUAAACCUACAAGCACAUCCAUAUCAUUAACUUUUUCUAUAUCUUUUGGCAGUUUUUUGAUGCCCUUAACAGAUAGAGACAAUUCUGUUCCCAUAACUCUGCUAACUUUACUUUUUAAAGUGGAAUAUGCUGACUCAACCUUUCUUUUUGUAUAUGCAGGUUUUCUGUGUGAUGAAAUGGAAUAAAGUUUCAAUGGAGACACUCCUAAUUCUGCCGAUGAUGUAUUAACUGUUUCUAAUGUCUCCUCUUUUGAAAUUGAUGUUUGUAAAUUUCUAAUACUGUCACUAUCUGAAUCCACCUCUUGGUAAUAUUCAUUUUUAAAAUAUGGAUGUUUCUGUACUCUGUCUCUACAUGCAUCACAUAUUUUUGCCCAGAAACUGAUUUCACAAGCAUUGGAAUUUCAUUGAUUUUUUUCUGAAAAGUCAGAUGUCACAGUCCUUAAUGAUUUUGUAAUUUUUUUCUUAUGGCACUUAAAAGGAUCAAAACAACUUGUCAGGUAAGUUUCAAAUUUUUUCAGGUUGUAUAUUUUAUGAUGCUCACAGACAGUAAGUAUAAGUUCAUAACUUACCUCACUCCUCACAGCCAAAAGUUAUUUUUCUGAAGCACUUAUUUUCUCAAUGUUUAUAAGAUUAACCACAUGUGUGUAACUCUUCGUGUGACACUCUGUUCUAUUUACUUUUCCUAUACUACACUGUUCAAUAUGCUGUUCAGUUUGGGACAUUUUAAAAGCUAGUUUUACUCAGGUAUAUUGCAAGCACUUUUUUAAUAAACUUAAUACAUUUUAACACAGCAAUAAUGGUUAGCAAACAACUGAGCAAUGGCUUGCCACUCCAGCUGAACCCUUUAUCUAGAAGAAAGAGGGUCAUAAAGAAUCAGCUCAUUUUCUUUAGAUUGUGGGGUAUGACUCAUGCCAGUAUCUGCCAUGCUGAGUCAUCUGCUGCAUUCAGAUUGCUGAACCCUAUGUCAGCUGUUUUCAUCUACAUACACACUAUAGUCUAUUCCACGUACUGUUUCUAGAUUUUGACAUUUCUCUUCUAAGAAAAGUGUCUGUAAACAGGUUUGUAAAGGCCUGGUUUUUCAUGGAAGCUGGUAGGGAUUAAAGAUCAACACAAUGGUACUGUCCUAAGCUUCUUUCUCAGCAGAGAAAUGUCACAAUCUGGAAACAUUACAUACAUGGAAUAGACUAUAUCUCCCAAUAACUCCCAACUCAGGACACAUAGCUUUCCUUCCUUCCAGAUAAAAAUGUUUAUAACUUAAAACAAUUUUAUAAUUAACUAUGUAUAAUUCAAAAUAGGUAUUUUCAAUUUUGUAAUGAACGAGUUAAAUUAUAAAUUAAGGUGAAAGUAACUAUAUAAGCCAUCAAAUAACCAUCAUUUUUCUUUCACAAUCUUGUAAAUCAUUUUUUUAGGUUCAAUAUAAAAAAAAAUUGAUUUGGUAUCUUCUAUGCCAGCUACAAUAAUACCAACUCAAUAAAACCAAGCAAUUGUACUUAAAAAUUUGUUUCUUAAUCAAACAUUAAAUUUUAAUGUGUGUCAAGAGUUACACAGUAUUUGUGAAACAUUUUUUUCUGAAAUCUAUAUACUUUGAUGCAUAUGUGGAAAUUUUUUUAUAAUAUGCAAGUUCGACAAAGAGCUACAAAUUUUUUUCUAUAACACAGUUUUGAAAAGUGGUAUCUUGAAACUGUCGCUUACGUACAAUUUCCCAAAACUUUAGAAAUUUUUAUCUUGGAAACUAUGUAUCCUACAGCGAAAUUUUUUUUAGGUUGAUAGUAACUUGAUGGGUGGUCCAGUUAAAAAAAGUUUCAAGAAAAUCUGAGUGGAUGGGUGUCAUAGCCUGGGUGAAGUGAUAUGGAUUAACCCUAUCAUCAUAGUCUUCAGAUGAAAUUGUGAAUUCGUUGAGCGAGUGCCGUAGUUGGUCAGCAUUCAAGCGGGCCUGACACUGUUCUUCUGUCUCUACAUACUGCGUUGCAUCUACUCUCUCCCUUUCAGUUUCUAAGAAAGUAGCAUGAUUAUGAUGUAGGCUUUCAUAGUUCUGCCUAGCUAUUUCUAAUCACUGUUGGCAUUGGUCAUCACAUUUUAAGGCUAGAGCACUAUAGUGGCAAUCUCAAUUGUUACUUAAGCUAUCAUCGUACUGAGUAAAUGUUUCUGAAGCGCGAGACAAUGUAUGGCACUCAUGAUCAGCGGUCAGUCGAGAUUCCCUUUGGGUGAAUGUCCCAGAGGCACCAGACAAUGUAUGGCGCUACGCUCAGUUUUCAUUUCGGUGAAAGUCUCAUAGGCGCGAGACAAUGCAUGAUGCUCACAAUCAGCGCUCAGUCGAGAUUCUCUUUCUUCGUUAUAUUCUUGAGAUCUAAACAUUCUCAUUCUUUUCGCUGCUCUAGUUUUAGAGGACAGAUCAGACCUUUCUUAAGUCAUUUUUGUACAAAUCUGAAAAGAAAACGUGAAAAAGUAUAAAUAUUAGUUAGAUAAAUAACAUGGCAAAAUAUCGAUCAAAGAAAAAAAGGAACUUAUAAUCAACAUAAGAAUUUUAUUCUCCAAUGAAAAUAAUAAGCAAUUUUCUGAAGACUUAAGAUUCAACUGGACAUAGCUGCACACCAGGCUAUCUGAAUUUCGGUCUCUGUUUUACACCCCCUACCUGUGGAUGCAGUACAUUUCCCCUUAUGCAGCUGAACUUCCCACCACAUUUUUCAGCGCAGCCCUGCCCUACCAAGGUGUCCUGUCACCCCGCCCCUUGGUUGGUAAUGUCCAAGGUUAGUGGAGGGAAGGUUGCUUCAGACUGGCGUGGAUCUUUCUGCGCAGGCAGCGAAGUGAUGUCACGUGCUGUCCACCGCCUCGACUUUGCUCCCUUCCCGUCCCCCUAGUCAAAACGUGUGCGCUUUCACAAAUAUAUAACUAUGUUCCGACAAAACUGGACAUACUGUCAUAGAGGCAAUCUCAUGACACACAUAUUUCUAGUUUCUUAUUUAUGUGCACGAUGAAUUCAGCCAUCUCAUGGAAGUUUGUCGCAUGCGUGUUUAUAGAGUUUUAUUUCCUGGCUUGAUAAACGUCAACUUGUGCAGUGUUUGCCGUUGAACAAAUAUUUUAUAACAUUAAUGUAGGUUCAAUACUAGUCUACUGUGUAGUAAAAUUCCCGCGACUAGGUGUGCUGUAGCUGCUUGUAAAAAAUCGUUGAGACAAAACAAAAAAGUCAUAUUUCACAGAUUCCCAAAAUAAAUUGUUUUCAGAAGCCAACGGGUGAAACGCAGCAAACGACAAGAUAAAUUCAAUAUUGAUACUUCAUGUUUGUUCAGAUUAUUUUUUUAUGUUCAAGGACUAUGAAACAGAUCUGUAGGCGGAACUAAUAUUUACAUGAAGUCAUACAUUGUAGCAACAAAUGAGUACACUCUAUACUAGUGGCAAUUUAAUGCAUGCUUGGAACAGUUGUGUAGCAUCAAAAAAUUACAAAAUGUUCUUUACUUUAAGGCACUCAUGCUUUUGCUAAGUACAUCAGUUAUCAAUAUUUACAUGAAGUCAUACAUUGUAGCAACAAAUGAGUAAUGGCAUUCAUGAUGACUAUAUUAGUUAUCAACAAUUACUACAGCAACUUCGUUCGUUUGAGGUGCAUUGAACCUUCGUUCGUGUUGACCGGCUGGUCGUUUAUCUGCGCGAAUGACAAUCUUAUAAUUGUCUGCAAUAGACACCUGCGAGUACUCGAAAUUCGAGUUUCGAGUCGAGUUUUUUAGUAAUACUUGAACUCGAGCUGGUGGGUUUUCAACAACUCAAAAUUCGAUUGAGCUUUUCUUGCACUGUACCUUUAGAAAAAAAAAAGACUCAUUAUAUCUGAAUAAAAGUCUUACAACACUAUUAUCCUUUACUUUAUAAUGUAACAUGAUCGACCAUAUACAUGAACACCUCAUUUUUACGUACCCGGGGUUUACGAAUUUCCGUGAUUAAUUUUUUUCUACUUCUGUAAUUUUCUGCAUAGCAUUAAUGUAUCACUUUCCCGCUUUAUGCGGAAGCAUUUCGCACAUUUUACUGUAACAGAGCUGCAUUUAAUAACGUACAAUCAGAAACGUUUCGACGAAACAAAAGUUUAAAGUGUAUAGUGUAAAGUUUAUUUAUUAUAUUGCUUCAUUUGGCAUUGUAAACAACCAAAUCUUUUAUUUUUGUUAGCCACGUAUCACGGUAAACAAUACAGCCAUGAACCAAAACGUGUGUGACUUGAAUACGAAAAUUAAGUUCAGUUUAACCCUUUAAGUACUGAUUAUGGCAUGUGACAAAAAUAUGUAUUAGACUAAAUUUGGCAACAAAAAAUUAAAUUUUUUUUUUUGGAAUUUCCUAAUUUUAUACAAAAAUUAAUUUACUGUUGAAAUUUAUUUAAUGUCUUUGAUUUUAAAACUUUGAGAGUGUGUGAUAUUUCUUAAAACAUGGUAUCAGACACAGGGGAACAGCACAUUGUUCACACAGGUAUCGCGUCUCCUUUCGCUUCUUCUGCCCAUAUCGUGUUUGUGAGAAAACUCUGCAUGGCUUGGUAGGGUGCAUUUUCUUUUCAGUAGGUGGUAUUGUCUCUAGAAAAUGCUGCCCAAAAGUCUUGUCGGUGCUUCUCGCAGUGAUGGCCUACCUCGCUUUGUCCUCUCAGAUGGUUUUGCAUACUUCUCCAAGAGUUCUGAGACAACUUUGAGUUGAAAGUCUGCCAGACUCAAAUUGUUUUCGGUUUUCAUUUUGUAAAUUGCAUAUGCAUUCAACAAUGCAAAAUCUACAAAAUGAAAAAAAUAAUUUUUUGUACCAUUUUGUACUUUUUCUCACUGACUGGACAGAACUAAGCAACAUGUCACAUUUGUCAAUGCCCCCCAUGUUCAUGUUAUAUUAUAGAACACAGCUUGGUUUUAGAAUAUCAUUUCCUGUUGAUCUGUCCUUUCCUGUAUUCUUCAUUUCAUUAUUAUGCAUUGUGGUCAGUAAAGUAACUUCUCUUCUGUCAAACCAACGUACAAACAAAAUGUUCUGUGAAUGCAUAGCCUCAUGCUCUCCCUUCUUUAGCUUCUUGGUAACUUUCGGCAUGUGUUUUCUGCUCUUUCGCACAGUGCCACAAGCAUUGGUCUUAUUUUCAUGCAGAAACUGGAACAACUGUGGACUGGUGUACCAGUUGUCAACAAACAGUGUGUGCCCUUUAUUUAGAAAUGGAGCCAUCAUUGUUGACACUACUGACCUUGAAGUACCUAGCAUAUUUAAAUGGGUGAUGUUUGUGCUUUUACCUAUAUAAAUGAUGAAGUCUAUGAUGAACCCUGUUUCACAAUCACAUAACACAAAAAGUUUUAUGCCGAAUCUGUCUUUUACUGGGAAUGUACUGUUGAAAUGAUAGCCGACCUUUGAAAAGUACAAGUUCUUCAUCAAUUACCAGGUUCUGAAAUGGGUAAUAAACCUCACGCAUAUUUCUUUUCAAGUCAUUGAUAACCAUCUGAAUUUUAUAAAGUCUAUCUCCAACUGGCUGCAGUUCAUUGAAACAAAAAUGCAAAUAUCUCAGUAACAGAAUAUACCUGUCACGAGAUAAAGUGUUACCAAAUAUUGGUGUGUGUAUGAGAGGAUCAGUGGACCAGUACUCUUUUAUAGAGAGUUUUUUCUGUCUUGUGAACAGGAACGUAACUGCAAGAAAACAUACAUUUCCUCAGUCUGUAUCAGUCCAUGGCUUUUGUUUGCUAGUUCCUGGAUCACCGAUAUUCGGAAUGUUUUCCAUUACAUACCGGUUAGUUUCCGCAGCUAUUUUACCUAACAUAUCUGGGGAAAAAAAUAAUUCCAAGAAUUCCCGGCAGCAUGUAUUUUCAGUGACAUUGUCAUCCAAAAUUCCAGACAUUUUAUUAUCAAAAGCAUGAACAGUGGGCACAAAGUUACCUUCUUUCCAUGUAAAUACAUUAUUUUCCAUAGGUCUGCCUGCAGGCCUACCCGUAGGCCGUCGACUGCAGUCACCUUUUCCAGCCGCCCAAUCCUCCAAUUCCGAUUCAGCAUCUGUUUCUUCUUCCGAAAACGUCUCGCUACAUUCAUUUUCACUCGGGAAAUAGUCACUUUCACUGUCUUCAUUUACACAAAUUUCUUCGCUGAGAUUUGUUUUUUUUGGCCGCAGUGUCCUACCUGACAUAUUUAUUUACUUGUGACAGCAAUAAAUUACAAAAAUAAACAUGUGUGGAAUUACAAGUCUUUCCCAUGAGAAAAUGUUUUUAUGGCUGUAAAAUAAGUAUAACCUACACUAAAACAUGUUUUGUCAACUAUGGAAUAUUCCACAACAGCAACGAAAAUAUAAUUACUCCACUGAGUUAAUUUACAAACACACCACGCUCGGGAUCCAAACAAUAGCCAUAGAUAAACAUGUGCAGAGAAGAUGUAAAUAACCGAAACAAUGUUCCGGUAUUUUUAUUCUAGGGCCAAACCAUAGAUAACAUCAUACAAGAUGUAUAGCACACUUUACUUCGUUAUACGAAUAAAUUCGAGACCCGUCAUGUUGACAUGAACUUUGUUCCGAAAAUUCUCGGGACCCGAUUUUCGGCCAUAAUAAAAAAAAGUACGAAUUUUUUCGGGAUCCGUCCUUAAAAGGUUCAUAUCUCCCCUUAAAACGUUAAUGUAACUUGCAUGAAAUGAGUUGCAAAUAUUGUUUUUACAUAAAAUAGUCAAAUAAGUUUUAAAGCAACAUAACCAAGUUUCCGUAAAAGUGUGCCGUCUUCGUGCAUGUUUGGAGAUGCUCGGUUUACAUCAAUAGAAAAUUUUGGAAAGGCAGUUGGCGGCUGUGAAUUUGCAAAUAUUGAAACGGAAACGUUUGUAAAUUUUUAGGCAAAGCAGCAGCCUAUUGAGCUCAAGCCGAGUACUUACCUCAAGUUCGAACUCAGCUCGAAAAAUUUGUUAAGCUCGAAACUCAUCAUUUACGCCAUUAAAUGUGUGAUUUAAAGUCUCGUUUAGAAUUUUUAUGAAAGUUCCUGCCUUAGUAAUGGCGCACGUAAAUAUAAAUAUGAAGAAAAGACAAAUGAACAACUUACGAAGAAAUAUGGAUGAUGUACCAUAACUACAGUACAAACCCAAUAGUUAUCUUAAGAUAAUUACCAUAAAAAGAUCUAAAGUUUCUUUGUAGAUACCUAAAUUACUACAAAAACAUGAUAGUUACCACAUUUGCACUAUAGUUACCGUAAUAACCGAGAUGUGUAUUUACCGUGAUGGUAAUGUAUUUAUUUAUGACAUAUUGAAAAUAAAAAAGGAUGUUAAAUCUUGAUAUGUACGGUUGGCACAUGUUGCUAACAAAUAUAGCGAUCUGAAAGAAUGCAGUACUACUACGAAAAGUGAAAAGGGUACUCGUGGAUUUUUAGGUUAUGGCUGUCUCUUUCGUUUUUCAGUAAUAUCUGCCAAAAAGUAAAAAGUUUAUCGGAAGUUUGCAGAAAUGCCGAUUCAACUAUAUAUUGGCAAAAUCGGCUUCUUCAGUACAGCUCUACAUUUUAUGACAUGAGUAAACGUAUUUCAGACUACAAGAUAUAGAAAAAGACUUUAAUUUCCAUGUAGGUUUAUUGUGUGUAUGUUUUUUUUGCAAGUGUAAAUUGAAUUAAGUAAAAUGCUUCUAUUUUUAUUACUUUCAAUUGAUUAAACUUUAAUGACAAGUUACAGAUAUUUGACACUAAUUUUGAGGUUAAGCAAUUUUACUAAAGCAUUUCAGCCACACAGGUUGCCAGCGAGAGACGCUUCUCUUCUGCUGUAAACACCAUCUCCAAUCGUAGAGCUAAUUUAACUCCUGAACGUGCAGAACAAAUUAUUUUUCUGCAUGAUAGAUUGAAGAACAGAAUUUAAUACUCAAUGACAAUCUCUCUCAGAAUUUUUGUGCCGAAAAGUGGAAAUAUUGAAACAAUGUGAAUGUACUUUUCAAACAACAUGAUUUUUGGUGCUAAGUUUGUUGAAGCUCAGUAAGGACUCCAGAAAAAUUGACAAGAAUGAAAUUAUUCCAAAGAUAUGUUACAUUUACACAAACAUAUACUUGUAAACUGUGGUUAUGUUAGUUGGAUGAUAUCAGUUACUAAUGAACCAAUGGAAGCAGGUUAGAUUCAAUGGCAAAAAUGUUUUUUUUCCUAGCAGUGCAAAAUGUAAAUGCACUCUGUAAAUAGUUACCCAAAAUUAAUAAGCCCACUUUAUUUUAAUACUUUAUUCAAACAUUAUACUAAGUUUAAAGUAAAAAAAAUUUCCCAAAAGUGUAAAUGUACCACAAAAGCUCGAGCUUCGAGAACUUUAAAGUAGGCUCACUCCAGCUCGGAUCAAAGUAAAAUUCUUACGCUCGCAGCCCUCUAAUGUAGGUCUAUCUAUUUAGUAGGCUAACAAUGAUAGUGGUUUCUUUUUUUAUUUCCAUAUUUUUCUCAAAAGUUUUCACAUUUUAUCCAUCAUAGUAAAUUUAUGUGCAAUAAACUUAAAAAAAAAAACCUCGAACUCGAUACUCACUCGUGAGUAUUUUAGCAAACUCGCUCGAGCUCGACUCAAAGUGAAAAUCCUCUGCUCGCAGACCCCUAGUCUGCAACCAUUUGCUCUAAAGAAGUUUUAAACACAUUGAUUAGUUGAUUAUGAUUAUGAAGUAGAUGUUGUAAUUUUUGAAUAAUGUCUCGUAGUCCCUUAAUGUGUGAGCAACGUUGAUCUAUUUCAAGGUCUUCGUCACCAAUAAAGUAUACUUGAAGAAACUUUGGAGUCUCAUUAGACAUCGGCAUGAGUGACCCUACUCGGUGAUAAAUUUGACCUUGAACCUUGAAAACUGGACUGAAAUUUUCUUCCGGGCAUAUUAAAGUAGCUCCAAAUGAAGUCUGUUAACGUUCUUUAUAUGAAAUAAAAAGAUUUUAUUUCCUUUUUUUUUAUUUGAGAGUUUUUAUCGUCCGAAAGACGAAACAAACGCAUCCAAUCACUUUCAAUAAUUUUGUUCACUCAUUCAAUCCGACUGUCAAAAAAUACUCGCAGCUUGGGCGAUGAAAAUUAAAGAAAACAAAACGUAGCUGAAAUCCUUCAGUAAACUCUUACUGUAACAGAAAUCAGUGCGACCUCAAACAGGGCCGCACCCAGCGAAACCGAAUUUCGCCACAAACCAAACGCCGACGAAGGUGAUCACAAUUUCUAAUUAAUGUCCGAAUGAAAUAAAAAAAAAUUAGGUUAACUUAAAACUCGGCAUGGCUCUGACCACCAACGUUAAAUUUUCUAUCCUGCUAAUUCUCCCACACAUUUUGCGAGAAGCCACCGAACGCGCCCUCCUGGUGCAGCGAUCGACGGACGACUAUGUCAUGACACUGGUUUCUCCACGCAGGGAGAGCAGUCACAUGACCUCACCGACCAAUCUCACGCACGCUUCAUUCAAACUUACAGAUACAAGCCAAUAAGAACACAGCAAAGAUACAAUGAAAACGAUUUUCGUACAUAGAAACAGGGACUUCCCAUUGUCGUUCUCUCUCCCACACCGUGAGACAGCAGUUAUCACUCAGUUCCCACGCAGUGGGGGAAUCCCCGUCUUUAUCUAUCUCUGAGGGGAAUCACGGUUUCUUUCUCACUUGCACUUACAGGUCUCUUAUGCCUCUCUUUUACACAUCACACACCAAAUCCAUUGUUCUAGAAACCUAUGUACCAGCAAUCAUAAUACAAAUUACUUUACAAAAUUAAACUUAAUUAGAAAAACCUAAAAAAGUAGGCCAAAACAGGCAAAAAUCUAGUACAGUGACUUAUUUGUGAAUAAUUACCUAAAAAAUAGUAAUGAUUGAAAAUGUCUGUUAAAAUACCAGGGACAUUCUUAAAAUACAUAGCAAGUGCAAAUAAUAUAUAUUAAUAUCCAUAACGUCUGUUUAUACUGUUUCAUAACAUUUACACCACUCAAAAAACAUUGACUUAUUAAUACUUACAUAUACAAAAAAGAAGUUUAAAAGAAAAAUAUUUAGCUAGGAGGGCAGGGGUUUAUAACGUUACAUAACCCCCUCCCCCCAACUUUUCAAUUAAAUUAACACUACAUUUAAUUGAAAAGUUACCAAAGUGAAAAACUAACCUGUACAAAAUAAAUUCAAAAACAUCCUGAGAAAUAAAUGCAUCCAGUUGUUACAACCCUUGUUUGUAAUGGAAUUAAAAAAAAGAAUAAACAGUUUUACAAAUUACAAAUAUUAUAACCAAUUUUCUGUUUAAUUUAACAUUGGAAAUUUCAGUUCUUAGUACAGUCAACAAUCCUCAUCCUUAGUGUUCUCUUGGUUUCAUUAAUACAAAAUACAAGUAGUUUCUAAAUUAAUCUCUUCACAAAUAUCAUGCAGUGUUCCCUGAUCUACGAAGAAUCUUCCCCUCAUCACAUAUCUCAACUCAACUCUGGUUGCAACAGCUGUGGAAACUUCUACACCAACUGCAACAACUACAAAAAUAUUUACGACGUGAUGAUACAACUACCUUAGCUGCACUAGCUAGAAUAAGAACUGCAGGAAUUACGUCCCAUUGACCACCUGAAAACCCAAUCUCGACGAUCAACAUACUUCAGCUGUGGAGCACCUCGACACUAGCCGGCAAAUAGACCUCAAUGAUGACGAUGAACAACAAUCGUCUCCUCAAGACGACAACAGGCAUUACGACGAAUAACUCCUCUUUUACCAGGAAACCACUACUUUCACCCAUGAAUCGACCAAAUCCUCCACCCUUCAUACUUGCACCAACUAACUUCAACAACACUGCUAAACUCAAACUGCUGACCAAAACUUCCGACUUUGAACUUUCUACCACUGAUGCAUUUACUUUCAUUUACGACGAAGAUUUCUCUAGUACAAAUAAUUAUUGAA